GAGAAGAGUGUAAAUCUUUGAGUGCACAAUGCUAUGGAGAAUCACAAUGUCGAGUUCUUCAAGUCCAACACCUUUGAUAACAUUGUUAACCUCUAUCAGCUACCCACUACCAUUCUUACGUUUACGGACUGUAGAAAGAAGGUAAAGGCCCAUCAUCUUGAGCUGAAUGUGACCACCCUUACCUUCGAAGAUCAGGAAGGAGGAGUACAAGAGAAUGGUGACAGCAAGACAACUGACUUUCGUCCCGAAGUCAAGCUGAAGUGGGACCAUGACAAUGAAGGUCUUACCAUCUUUCCUCCUAACUUUGACUUCGAGUUCGUUGUAGUGGACAAGGAAACAGAAGGGGAUGAAGUCGAGGUGGCUGACAACAAAGGAGAACAUGAGGUGAACUAACAACUCUUCCGGCGAAAUAGCUAGCCUCGGUUUUGAUGGUUUCUUUGUUUUGUUUUGAUAUUUGAACAAUUUAUUUGAAACAUUAGUGUAAUUUCUACACAUUUAUUUUAGUAAUGCAUUUGUAAUUUGUUUUGUUCAUCAAUUUCAUUUUAUACUUGUUUGAGAUAAAGAUGGAAAUAAAAUCAACG